AUGGAUAGACAGAAUAAGACCUUCGUGGCUUUUUUCAUCCUCACAGGGGUUCCCCAUACACCAGACCUGGGGACCACCCUAUUUGGGAUCUUCUUAGUGAUUUACGUACUGACUUUGGUGGGGAACCUGCUCAUCUUGCUGGUGAUCAAGGUAGAUUCCCACCUCCGCACUCCCAUGUACUAUUUUCUGGCCAACCUCUCCUUCAUUGAUAUGUGGUUUUCCACAGUCUCUGUGCCCAAGAUACUUAUGGGUCUCCUCAUCCCAGAUGGUUGGGCUAUUUCCUUUCACAGUUGUGUGGCCCAGCUCUAUUUCUUUCAUGGUCUGGGGAGCACUGAGUGUUUUCUUUACACAGUCAUGUCCUAUGACCGCUACCUUGCCAUCACUUAUCCCCUGCGCUAUACGACCAUGAUGAGUGGGAAAAUGUGUGCCUUAUUGGCAGGAGGCACAUGGCUUGGUGGUGCUAUCCACUCAGCAGCCCAGACUACCCUGACCUUUCGAUUGCCCUACUGUGGCCCCAACCAGAUUGAACAUUACCUUUGUGAUAUACCACCCAUUCUCAAAUUGGCCUGUGCAGAUACAUCUAUAAAUGAGAUGGUGACCUUCGUUAAUGUUGGAGUAGUGGCCUCUGGAUGUGGCUUUCUGAUUUUCCUUUCCUAUGUGUCCAUCGUUCGUGCUAUCCUGAAGAUCCGCACAGCACAAGGCAGACACAAAGCCUUCCAGACCUGUGCUUCCCAUUGUAUUGUGGUCUUCUGUUUCUUUGGGCCAGCUCUCAUCAUUUAUCUGAGACCAGGCUCAAAACAUGUUAUGGAUAGGAUUGUGGCCAUUUUCCAAACAGUUGUCACACCCCUACUGAACCCACUGGUGUACACACUGAGGAACAAGGAGGUAAAGAUGGCUUUGCUCAGACUGAAAGAUCAAGGGAAUUUUGUAUAG